GCGGGACGGCCUAGCGACAACGUCUCGCGCAGCUUGCAAUAGCAUAGCAAGAAGACGCGCAUCAAGAAAAGCAAAAUAGCGUGAGAGUAGGGACCGAAACCUUGCCAAGACAUGUGUCCCGCCUAACUCCACGGAAGCGCCAAAAACCGCUCUACUCACGGGACACAUGUGAAACACGGAGGGCGUUCUUGCGAAAGACGAGUUCCCUGCCCAGUUUUCUUCGAAACGGGAUCCGUCAUGGGCACCGAUGUUUACUGUAACUCUCCUAGACACUAUUCAAAGUAUCCAGAAUCGACUUAUGCAGUACCGCGGCCGUGAGGAGCCCCGAUAGCAGUGCCUGAAGUUGUACGUGGCACAUAAGGUAGGAUCCGUGAAGAAUUGCCGACAAGCUGCGAAGCUGGACGACGGGAAUACACUCUGCUUCAGAUGUGGGUGUCAAUCGUUGUGAUGAUCUGUUCGCUUGCGGUCUUUUCGUCGACCAACGAGGCGAGCUUGGCGGAUGACGCUGGCUACCGCGGAGUUCCCCCAACUGUCCGCGUAGGAGGUCUCUUUGAUGCUACAAGCAACGACCACGAACGGGCGUUCACAUACGCGCUGGAGAGGAUCAACUUAAACAACGACGUUCUGCCGCGGACCACGCUUUCAGCCAUUUUCCAGAAUUUAAAACCAAGGGAUAGCUUCCAGGCAUCUAAAGCAGUGUGCAGUCUUCUGAAGCACGGCGUGUCCAUGGUGGUGGGUCCAAGGAGCCCCUCCGUGGUGUCUGUGGUGAGCUCCACCUGCAACGCGUUCCACGUGCCUCACGUGGAAACAUCCUGGUCCACGGUGGGCGCCUCUGGCGUCGGGUCCGAGGGCCGCCUCUACUCGCUCAACGUGUUCCCGCACCCUGACGUCCUGAGCAGAGCGUACCUCGACUUGGUGCUCAAGAAGAACCGCUGGAAAAGCGUCACGGUCAUCUACGAAGAUUCCGAGUCUUUCGUCCGAAUGAAGGAGGUUCUCAAUACGUCCUUCGCCAUCGGAGCGAUGGUCAACUUGGAGCUCUUCAACCCCAGCAUUGCUGUCAAGACACUCCUCAAGCGAAUCGACUCGGCCAAAGAAUUCAACAUUGUCCUUGAUGUAGCAACUGAAAGAGUGGUGGAAUUCCUAGAGGCGGCUUCAGAAAUCGGAAUGAUGACAGAGUAUUACAACUAUGUUAUUACAUCUUUGGACACGCACACCUUGGACGUGAGCAAGUUUAAAAAUACGCUGGCCAACGUGUCAGCCCUGCGGCUCGUUGAUCUGGAGAAAUGGGACAUGAAGAGGCUGCUUCACGAUUGGACGAAUUCCGAGCUGCGGUUUGGUCGGAAGGCCCUCGAACUCACGGCACUUAAGACAGAACUCGCGUUGCUCUUUGAUGCGGCGAUGCUCUUUGCUCGGGCCCUGCAUGACAUGGAACAUAUAGAGAACUUUGAAUUGAAGUCUUUUAACUGCGACAUUCCUGCCAACUGGACCAAUGGCGAAGCUCUUCUGCAACGAAUGAAAACGGUUCAAGUAAAAGGCCUCACUGGACCUUUAAGGCUAGAUGACAAAGGAUUAAGAACAGAUUUUUCAAUGAAUGUUAUUGAACUCAAGUCUUCGGGAUUUGAAAAGGUGGGAACAUGGAACAAGAGGACUGGAAUUCGAUUUUCACGGGCCUACAUGAAGCAGAAAGAAGAGGAGCUGAGCGAGGCCAUCCAAAACCGGACAUUCCGAGUGACAACGAUCGUCAACCCUCCGUACACAAUGCUCAAGAAGGAUGCCCACCUCAGAGUGGGAAAUGACCGGUUCGAAGGAUAUUGUGUCGACCUGAUGGACGCCCUGGCCAAGAAGAUAGGAUUUCAGUAUUCACUUCACUUAGUCAAGGACGGUCUGUAUGGCUCUCCAACUUCCUCUGGCGAGUGGAACGGCAUGAUACGAGAGCUGAUUGACAGGGAGGCGGACAUGGCAAUUGUCGACCUAACCAUCACGUACGUGCGCGAACAAGCCGUCGACUUCACGAUGCCCUUCAUGAACACAGGCAUCAGCAUCCUGUUCCGCAAGCCCCUCAUAGGAGACGCACCGCUCUUUUCAUUCCUGUUCCCCUUCUCGGUCGAUGUGUGGCUGUACAUGUUGACGGCCUACCUGGCCCUCAGCCUGUGGUACUGCCUGCUGGGCAGAUUUAGUCCCAUGGAGAACAAGCACACCUUUGGAGAAAACUGCGAGCCUAAGGACCUUGAUGACAUAGCGGAGGAACUCGGAAUGACAAAUCGCUUCUGGUUUGCCAUCGGCUCUCUCAUGCAGCAAGGAUCGGACCUUAAUCCGAGUGCGGUGUCAACUCGGAUUAUUGCCAGCAUCUGGUGGUUCUUCACUCUCAUCAUGAUCUCCUCUUACACGGCCAACCUCGCUGCUUUCCUCACCGCUCAAAGACUGACAUCGCCUAUUGAGAACGUCAAUGAUUUGGCAAAGCAGACAAAGAUUGAUUAUGGGUGCUUGGAAUCAGGAUCGACGAAGACCUUCUUCCAUGACUCUGACUCGGCUCUAAUCAAGCGCAUGUGGGCUGCAAUGACAGCGGCACAGCCGAGCGUCUUCGCGGACUCUAACCUCAAAGGCGUUGAGCGUGUGCUUCGAGGGGGUUACGCCUACCUCAUGGAGUCUACCACCAUCGAGUACAUGGUUCAAAAGAACUGCCAGCUCACGCAGAUUGGAGGGCUACUGGACUCCAAAGGAUACGGCAUUGCCACACCGCCCGAUGCAAAGAUCCGAAACGUGCUGUCCGCCGCCAUUGUGGAAUUUCACGAGGGUGACCUGCUUUUCAAGCUGAAGGAGAAGUGGUGGAAGACGCGCAAUCCGCCGGAUCCGGCUUCCCUGGGCAAGUGCCAGCUCUACGCGAACGCCUCCUCAUCGGCGAGCAACAGCGAAAUGAGCCUGUCCUCCGUGGGCGGGGUGUUCAUCGUCCUCUUCGUGGGCUGCCUCGCGGGCGCAGUCAUAGGCAUCGGAGAGUUCGUCUGGGAGCUGCAGAAGAUCCCCUACGGAGAGAGGGAGUCCAUCAUCGCGGAGAUGUUUCAUGCCUGCAAGCUGGUGGUCACAUGCCGCGGCCGAAAAUUCAGCCCCAUUUCUCCGUCUCUCGAGGCCUCUUUGGAUGGAGAUGCAGCACUGCGGUCCACUCCGCAGUCAUCGACGAAGAGUUGACAUACCUUUAUGAGUGUGCUUGUGAGGAUGGGUAUUGGUCGGUGCGUUUGGUGUCAACCAGUGUCACCAUGUGUAUCACGUGUUAUUUACUACAUCUUCAUGCAUGUUUUUAAUAUCAACAUGCUAGCGUGAUCGCUUAGGUACUUUCUAGUUAUCGCUCAUAUGGCUUCUGCUCAUGGUAUACAAAUAAAAGUGUGCUAUAAAUGGCACACGACCAGCGCCAAUGCAUAACUUUAAUUGAUGGCGACUGAGAAAACGUAUUCGCCUACGUUCUUGAAUUCCUUGUUACAAAAGAAUUGUGUCGUUCAUUCUUCGAGCGCACCACACUGAAAUCAAGACUUCUGUUGUGCGAUUACCCCCGGCAGAUCUUUGAAAUGAACUAGUCUUGUUUUGCUUGUUUCUUAUUCGGAAAAAACAAAUACUGAAGGUUUGAGCGAUUCAAUGCAGUUUACAAGACAAAGGCGAUGUACAAACAUACCGAUAUUAAGGAUUAUUCCAAAUGGCUGCCGCUGAAAGCUAC